AUGGCUGCCAAGCGCCGCGCCGGCCGGCCAAGAUCCAACGAUUCCAAGGAGUUGGGCCGCAACGGUGGCAUUGAGGGUUCCGACGAGGAGGUGGAGGAGAGCGGCAAGUCCGGUGAGACCGCCAUGUCCGCCGAGCCCAAGGAGAUGCCGCUGAAGCAGGAGCAACCCUCUCCGGCGAGGAGCGCGCCGCGCGGUGGGAAGACCAAGACGACCUCGAAGGAUGUCAAGAAAUCCCCUCCGGCGUCGCAGGAGGAGGAUGAGGCGGGGGACUCUGGUGAUGCGUCACCGGCGAGGGACCCGCUGCCCGACGACACCGCCGGCGCCGGCCACAACAAGAGGGCCGUGACUCCGGAGCGGGGCCCACCGCCGCAGCAGGGAGAAGAGCGCCCAGAGAAGUGUGCUGCGCGAUCUGAUGAGACUGUCGCCGCUUCGGCCCUACAGCAGCUUAGAAAGGCAUUGACCAAGCCGACGUCGCCGCCCUCCUCGCCUGACAUCGCCCAAGAAGACGAGCACGAUGGCAGGGAGAUGGCAGAGCAAGAGCAGAGCAACAUCUUACCGCCACAGGACGAGCACAGAGCCCUUGAAGAGGAGCAGCAGGAGAAGAAGAUCACAGAGCAAGAUCAUGCCGAUGACACUUCACCCCCACAUGACAAGGACAAGGACAUGCACAAGCCACGCAGUUCUGAGACAGAGAAGAAGCCAGCAGUUGAGCGAUCAUGGUCCUAUGAUGAUGAGCUCAAGAUUCUCAAUGCUUUGGUCGUGCACGCCCAGUCCCAUAACGGUGCUUUGCCUGACUCAUCGCACCUUUUGGCCAAUCUCACCUUUGACAAAAUUGAUGCCACCGAGGACAAGCUCACUGAUAAGAUCCGGAAGCUUAGGAGGCGGUACUGCAGGUUCCUUUUACAAGGCUGCCCAUCCGAUGACCUUAGUCGUCAGCUGUUUAAGCUAUCUGAAAUCCUCUGGGGCCAAGCUGAUGAAGAUGAGCGGGUUGAGCCAACAUCUAGGGACUUCAGUGUACUAUCAAAAUUGUAUCCUCACCUGGCCAAAGAAGUCAAAGCGUACACCGAAACACACAGCUCGGGGGACUUAAUCAUGGCAAUGUUCAUGACCAUUGGUGAUGAGAAGGCCCGCGAUCUUGAUGCUAAGUGCAAGAAGCAACAUAUUGAAGCAUUCAAGUUGGAGUUGGGCCAGGCAAGCCUAACCAACGAAUUGCUCUCUGCCCUUUCAAGUCUGACCACCAAGAUCACAGACCCCUCUCAGGCCACAGCACGCAAGAGGAGGGCCGAGAAGCUGGAAGAGCCCCUUGAUGAGCAGUAUCUAAGGCGCAGCAAGAGAGUUGCAGGGUAG